CUCGACGUAAAAAGCUCUGUUCUCUACAGUCAAGGGCGCAACACGGUUUCUCCUCAGUUCAGUCUUCUACCUACUGUUCACACAGAAGAAACUCAAAACAAAUAGGGUUUUUUUCAUGGUGUGUUGCAAAAUCAUUUGAACAAGCUGAAAUCACUCGCACCACCACUGUUAUUCAAUCUGUGGAUGCACCACUAUGAAGGUGGCUCACAAGCUUCCAUUUGAGGUUGGUCAGCAGGCAGAAGCAAAGAGUUUUCAAGAGGGAUAUCGUGGAGCAUGGUUUCGGUGCAAGAUUCUAGAUUGCGGGCUGAGAGGCGCAGAACCUGCCGUUGCAUUAGAUUAUAUUGACUAUAUAGGUUAUAGUCUUACGGGAGUUUGAGUUGUCGUAUGGGAAAAUACAAGAAAAUAAAAUAGUGGUUGAGAACUACUGUCCUAUUAGUUCUGGAAUUCUAAGAAGAAAAAUCAUGGAUUCAAUUGUAUCGUCUGUGUCCAGCUGAGAAACAUAACGAUUUUAGAAAGAAAUACCUGAUGCUGCGCCCUAGUUAUCCUCAGAUGUACCAUCGAGGUCAAAUGCCUGACAUAUGUGAAAACUCAGAAUUGGUAGGAGUUAUUGAUGGUGACUGGGAGGCGGGGGAUUUGGUUGAUUGGUUCAAAGAUGGUUGCUAUUGGUCUGCAUGGAUCACUGAAGUAAUAGAUGAGGAAAAUGUACAGGUUCAGUUACCGGAACCUCCCAUGGGCGAGGGUGAAGGACAAACUCACAAGGUUUCUUGCAAAGAUAUACGACCUUCUCUGGAUUGGACCCCAGAGCUUGGUUGGAUUGCGCCCGUCUCCAAGAUAGGUAAGACUUCUCGUCGCCAUGUUCGCUUGAUACAUCCUACGAGUCCAGGUAAAGUUAGAAACAAUGCCGUUGGUUCAAGUGGGACACCAUCUUAUGUUUCUGCACGUAGUUUAGCUGGCUCAGAGCCUCCAGAGUUAUCGGCAGAUUCUUCAGGAAGGGAAAAUCUGAAGCAAGCUUCAGAUAUGAAGAUCAAGAAUAGCUCACCUGAAGCUCCUAAUCCUCAUUCUCUAGAAAGAGAUAUUCUGAAAAAGCAAUCAUGUAAUUUCCUAACCAAACAAAAGAGUGACGCAUCAAGCAUAAAGAUGGACGGUGAUGCAGAAAAAAACAGUUUGCGGCAUAGUUCUUCAAGUGCAGACUGUGAUAAUUUUGGACCGGUUUUAUCAACAAAAGAUGUGGCUUCAGCAGAAAGGCGCAAGCUAGCCCUGCAUUCUCUAAAAAGAAAACAAAAGCAUUCAUACAAUUUGCUGGACAAACAAAAGGCUGACACAUCAAUAACCACAGAGAACGGUGCAGCAAAAACCAGUUUGUCAGAUAAUGUAUCAACUACAGAUGGUGACAAGUUUGAACCAGUUUUAGCAAGAAAAGAAGUGGCUUCAAGAGAUGUGUAUGACUAUUGUGAUUCUUCGAAGAAGAUGAGAAGAAGUGAAAUUGAAUCAAAUUCAACAUCCUCCGACACAUUGGAGUCGUGUAUUAUGGACUUGAAGGGACUGAUAAACAGGGUCAAAUGGCUCAAAGGAGCAUUAGCUUAUGGGGUUCAGUUUUCAAGUCCGAUGCAGCCUUCAUGGACUUUUCUGGAGACUCGGCAUCCCUUGCAGGUUGAUAACACUGCUUUGGACCUGUAAGUUGAGGACAGUAUAUUGGUCAUUGCAGUCCCAUCAGUAUGUAUAAUGUAUAAUGAAAAGUUAGUAGGAUUCCAACAUCAGAUUAGGUUUUUGACUUCUGUGUAGUUUAAGUUUACUGAUUGUUUUUGAGCACAUAAUGAGUCUGAAGUCUGUCACACCUGCCACAGGUGUUAGUUUGAUAAAUUAAACUCCACUUCUCUUGUUUCUUGUUGAUCAUGUCACAAGAAAAGUUGGCAUCCAUA